GGGCCGGGAGCAGCCAUGGCGCGGGCGGGGCGGGUGGAGGGAGCGGGGCCGGGCGUGCCGCCGCGGGGCCGGCCGGAUAGCAGCGGCCGCGGCCCCGCGGAGCGCCUGUAGCCGCGGCCGGGCCGCAGGCUGGCAAGCCCGGGCGCGCUGGCGGCGGCAGAGGAAGAGGAGAGAGGCGGGAGCCAGCCGCCGGCCGCGCCGCCGGCCCACAAGAGGAUGAAGAAGCGGAAGGAGCUGAACGCCCUUAUUGGCUUGGCCGCCGACGGCCGCAGGAAGAAGCCCGCCAAGAAGGGCUCCGGCCACCGGCUGCUGCGCACCGAGCCGCCCGCCUCCGACUCCGAGUCCAGCUCGGAGGAAGACGAGUUCGCUGGAGCGCGGACCCGCUGCGGCAAGGGAGAUUAUCUACGAUGCUGCAAAUUCUGUUACCCCUUAUGUGCAUUUGUCAUUCUGGCUGCCUGUGUGGUGGCCUGUGUUGGCUUAGUCUGGAUGCAGGUGGCUCUCAAGGAGGAUCUCGAUGUAAUAAAGGAAAAGUUUCGAACUAUGGAAUCCAAUCAAAAGACAUCCUUCCAAGAAAUACCUAAGCUGAAUGAAGAUUUGGUGCAGAAGCAAAAGCAGCUAGAACAAAUUGAGACUGGAGAGCUGGGACUAAGUAAGAUUUGGAUAAAUAUCACAGAGAUCAACAAACAGAUAUUGCUGUUGACCUCAACAGUAAAUCAUCUCAAAAACAACAUCAAGUCUGCUUCUGAUCUGAUUUCUCUUCCUCUUACAGUAGAGAAGCUUCAGAAGACUGUAGCAAACAUAGGCAGCACGCUUACCAGUGUGUCUCAUGAUGUUGAAAGCAUACAGACAGCCAUUGAAGAGUACAAGAAAUCCAUAGAAACACUCCAGAAUGAUGUGAAGGAAUUAAAACAGAUACCUUCACUGCCCUCCACUCUUGUGCCAAGAACUGAGACCAACCAGACAGAAAAUUGCAACAAGGACAACCAGUCACUGCAAGCAGCUUUGGAAGAGCUAAAUAACACUGCAGUGGGGUACCACAGGUUGAAUGACAUCAGGCUUCUAAAUGUGGAUUCAGCCCUUGGCAACCUUAGCCGGCGGGUUACACGGUUAGAAAACUCUCCCCUUGCUGGCAGUUACCUGGAGAAAAGAGAGAACUUGUCUAGCAGUGAGGGGAAUGAUCUACCUCCCUCUGCAAAACAGGGACAUGAAGAUCAACUGGAUAAUGAAACUAAUCCAAAUGAAGAACUGGAGGAAACAGAAACUAGAGAUUCUCAGGUAUCAAAACUAAGAGAGAAGCUUCAGAUGAUGAGUGCUCUCCCAGGCAAGCCAGUAAAUGACAGACCCACUGAGACAUCAAAGAAUGUUGAAAGUAGUCUGAAUGCUACAGCAAAGCCCACAGACCUUUUAAGAGUGACAUCAAGGUCAGCUGAUGGCAGCAUAGAGAGUGACAGACAGCAGAGACAUCUGUCCUUACCAGGAAUUUCCAGCAUCAAAGAUCUUCAGAGUUUGUUUGAAAGAGCAGCUGAAGAUGCUGAUGGAAAACUAUCCUAUGAGGAUCUUCAACAGCUGCUUGGCUCUGCAGCCCCAGAGUCACAGAGCUUGAAGGAAUUUGACACAGAUGGAGAUGAGAAGUACUCACUGCAAGAACUGAGAUUAGCUUUAGGUGUCUAGGAUACAUAUCUAGGAGUGUGAGAUGGAUGGAUGCUGCUGUAGCUGAAGGAAAACUGUGGGGCAUGAAAAACUUAAGUCUGCACUUUCCCAGUGUGUUACUGAUCUUUGGAGCUAAACUGCUGUGCACACAUGUGGCCACCUCUGGGUUUUAUUUUCAUUUGCAUUUAGUGGAGAGAGAUUUACCAAUGGAUAUGUCACUAGGGCAUAGUGUUGGGAACUGUGGGAAAAUCCAGAAAAUGCCCCAAACUUGGAAAACAUUUUC